ACGCUAGUUGGUGCUCCAGUAUAAUCGGUCCUCCGAAACUCAUCCAGUGAGAAACGUUCCGCGGUGCAAAAAAUAAGUGUAAAAAUGCGUAAAAAAUGUUUAAUGUGUUAUUUUUUGUGUAAUUAAUUAAUCUUAAUUCACAUUGUAAUUCAUUAAUCGUAAUUAACGCCCUAAAGUCCCGGCCCUAAUUUUUUAGUGUGGUUGGUUUUUUUGAAUUUGCUCACACUCUUAAGGGGAAUUUUGUGUCUCUCAAGAACUCUGUUGAGGUGAAGGAAGCUUUGUCCUUAACGGUCGACUUAAAGGUCGCUCAUGAUGUUGCUGAAGACAGUAGCUCAGGCCAAGGAAUCACUAAUAUAAGUAUAAAACUACCCCAAACAAAUAAUCAUAAUCAAACAUGGUUUCAAAAAAUCCCUCUUAAAAAUCCCAUUAGCAGACACAGCAAACACAGCUGCUGCUGCCGCCCAUAUUUGCUCACCUGUUGAUCCUUGACACCGAGGCAAAGUCGCAAGCUCAAAAACACUCAAACCGGCAGAAGGUUUACACUCUGAAAGCUACGCAUGAUUUAGCAUUUGUAGCUGUGCAGAGAGGAAUAAGCAUGGCAAUAGGAAAAUAACAUAUCAUCAAAUAGCUAAAACCCAUUGAAAGAGAUUGAACUUCAUAAUCUUUGUGUUCUUCAGGUUUUGUACGGUUAACAUUUGAGCCUGAGGCAGAUAUCCAAAACCAGACAGCAUGAAGGCUCUGAAUUUCUCCCACACCGACAUCAGCAGCAGCGGUGACAACAGCAGCCGCUCCUUCGGCAGCCCGGACUCAGCUGUGGAGAUCGUGCUCAUCGUCCUGGUGGCUGGAACCGUGAGUCUCAUCACUGUCAUCGGAAACAUCCUGGUCAUGCUCUCCAUAAAGGUAAACAGAAACCUGCAGACAGUCAACAACUACUUCCUGUUCAGCCUGGCCUGUGCAGACCUGAUUAUUGGCAUCUGCUCCAUGAACCUCUACACGGUCUACAUAGUGAUCGGCUACUGGCCCCUGGGGGCCGUGGUGUGUGAUCUGUGGUUGGCUGUUGAUUAUGUUGUCAGCAACGCCUCCGUCAUGAACCUGCUCAUCAUUAGUUUCGACCGUUACUUCUGUGUCACCAAGCCGCUCAGCUACCCGGCACGCCGUAGCACCAAGAUGGCGGGUCUGAUGAUCGCCGCCGCCUGGGUCAUGUCUUUCAUUCUCUGGGCUCCGGCUAUUUUGUUUUGGCAGUUCAUUGUGGGGGGGAGAACCGUGCCGUCAGGGGAGUGCUACAUCCAGUUUUUCUCAAAUCCUGCGGUGACGUUCGGGACCGCCAUAGCAGCGUUUUACCUCCCAGUCGCCAUCAUGAUCUACCUCUACUGGCGCAUUUCCAAGGCGAGCCGCAGCCGCAUGAGAAAGAGCAGCAGGAAGAUCUCAGGUACCAGUCUGGGGGAGGGUCCCUCUCACAGCCAGGAUGAGGCGUGUGAGAACAACUGCAUCUCAACAAGAGAAGCUCAGGUGGAGGCUAAGGACCAAAAGGAGAAGGAGAUGCUGCAGAAGCCAAAUGGAAGUGGGCCCCGUCAUGAGGAGAAAACUGACCAGCUGGACCCCACCGAGGAGGGGGACCGUGCGCCAACAACUAAGGACGCUGAGGCCCCCGGUUCACCAGGGAAAGGUUCUGAUUGUGGGGAAACUACCAAUCAAACACCUUCUUCAGAAAAAUCAGCUGACAGACAAAGUCUGCCAGCAAGGACACUGCUAAAGAUGACAAAGCAGAAUGCUGUUGCCAAGUGGAAAAGGAAGGGCAUUUCUUCCAGGGAGAAAAAGGUGACGCGCACCAUCAUGGCCAUCCUGGUUGCUUUUGUUGCCACGUGGACGCCGUACAACGUGAUGGUGCUGAUCAACACCUUCUGCUCCAUCUGCAUCCCGAACUCCCUCUGGACCAUCGGCUACUGGCUCUGCUACAUCAACAGCACCAUCAACCCGGCCUGCUACGCCCUUUGCAACCCCACCUUCAAAAACACCUUCAAGCACCUGCUCCUGUGCCAGUACAAGAACAUACGUACAGCGCGAUAAGGGUCAGAACCCAGGUUUGUUAAAAGAAAUGUGAUGACUCACAGAUGAUACUAACGUCCAGACAAAUCUAGUAGUUGUGUUCUUAUUAGUUUUCAGUGGAACCUUUGGAACUGUGCUUAUUAUUAUCAUUGUUUCAUGAUUUUUAAAUACAUGACAUUGUGUUCUGAUUCAAUGUAUCCUUGUGAAAAUGUUGUUUUAAUGUUGUGGAGAAGAACCUUGAUCGAGUGUCAGCUGAGGAUUUACCGUACAAGACGUUUUCCACUUUGUUCCAAGUGCAGUGUGCUGUUUAAUAUGCAGCCAUGUUCUACCCACACAGUAACAUUGUGCUCACUGUGAUUUUUUUGUGACCAAAGCAGUGAUUGUAAGAUGUAUCAAAAGAAAAUGAGUAAGUGAUAUGACAAGAAGUUGAUUUACUCUAGAGAUGUGUAGCUGUGAAAUAAAAGAAAAUCAGCCCAACUGGAAAUUUGGGCUCCGCGAAACAUUUUCUUCCAAGUGAGUUAAGAAAAGGAUGAAUACCAUAAUAUUAGCAGCUGUGUGUGUGUGUGUGUGUGUGUGUGUGUGUGUGUGUGUGUGUGGGUGACCAGUUUUAUUUUUAAUAUUAAAAUAAGUAUUUCUAUUAUCCAUGUUAUUGUGAAAUGAGCCCAAAUGUGAUAUUUGACCAUAAAAUCUCCUCUUUUGUGUAUUAUUAAUAAUAAUAAAAGAGAUAAUGAUGGAAUGUUUGGUUAAGUUUUCUUUUCUCUCAUCUACAGCAAGUUGUAAAAUGGCUUAUUUGAUGAAAUUGCACUUUCUUGCUUCUUGUUCUUCUGAGUUUGUAUCCUUAUGGUUGACAUGCGCUUAUAAUAAGUUUCUUUGGAUAAAAGCGUCAGCUAAAUGACAUGUAAUGUAAUGUAAUAUAAUGCCGAUGUGAUCAUUGCAGUCUGAUUUAUUGGAUCAAGCGCUCUACCGCUGCCCAAUCCCAGCUGGUCUGCUGCAUGUUGGAGGAAUUUCAAAGUGCACCACAAAAAAAGUGCUUUCCUGCAGUAGUGUUUAAACUGGAGGAAGUUGUGAACAAGGUUUAAGAACCUGACCACACAACCUAAUCAAAAGUCUAGAG